AUGGAAAGAGCGUGCUUCGGUACGAACAUCCGUCUGUCGAUGCCAUCGGAGGACCACAACAAGAAUCUGCGCGAUCGCUAUACCAACUGUACGUACGUGGAAGGUAACCUGGAGAUCAGCUGGAUCCUGAGUAGGUCCUACGACUUCAGCUUCCUGCAGCACAUUCGCGAGGUGACCGGGUACGUGCUGAUCAACCACGUCGACAUCCCGCAGGUGAUCCUGCCGCGACUUCAGAUCAUCCGUGGCCAAACGCUGUUCAAACUCAACAAAUGGGGGGGCAAUGGGUUCGGAUUGCUGGUGAUUAGCUCGCAGAUGAACACGCUCGAGCUGCCGGCGUUGCGUGACGUCCUCAGCGGAUCGGUGGGAAUACUGUACAACGGAAAUUUGUGCCACCUAAACACGAUCAACUGGGACGAGAUCAUCUCGGAUCCGCAGGGUAGGAUUGAACACUCAUUCCAAUUUAUGUUUAAGCAAUGUCCGCCGUGCCAUCACUCGUGUGAGGCGGGUUGCUGGGGCGAAGGUGCACACAACUGUCAGAAGUUCAGCAAGCUCAACUGUUCGCCUCAGUGCUCGCAGGGUCGCUGCUUUGGGUCGAAGCCUGGCGAGUGUUGCCAUCAAUUCUGUGCUGGAGGUUGUACCGGUCCGACGCAGGAGGACUGUAUGGCGUGUAAGAACUUCUAUGAUGACGGUGUGUGCCGGGAAAAAUGUCCUCGGCCACAGAUUUUUAAUAUUCGAAAAGCACUCUGGGAACCGAAUCCCGAUGGCAAGUAUGCGUAUGGCACAAAAUGUUUGCGAAACUGCCCGAAAAAUCUACUGCGUAAUAAUGGUGUGUGCGUUCCGGCCUGUCCGCCAAACAAGAUGCCUCAGCACGGAGAAUGUGUACCAUGCAAUGGACCUUGCCCGAAAACAUGUCCCGGCGAGGGCGUGGUGCACUCUGGUAACAUCGGCAAGUACAAAGAUUGCAACACCAUUAAUGGUUCCCUUGAGAUCCUCGAUGAGACGUUCAUUGGUUAUGAGCAGCUGUUCGCCAACUUCUCGUUCGGACCGUGGUACAGGGGGAUCGAACCCCACCAGCUAGAGGUAUUCUCCACCGUCAAGGAGAUUACCGGUUACAUCAGCAUCCAGGGUAAUCAUCCGCACUUUACCAACCUUUCGUACUUCCGAAAUCUGGAGGUGGUCGGUGGACGUCAGCUGAAGGGGACUUAUUCUGCCUCGGUGUAUAUAACGGAGACAUCGUUGCGAUCAUUGGAGCUAAAAUCUUUAAAGCGCGUCGAAUCGGGUUCGAUCGUUAUCUUGGAGAACAGCAGCCUAUGCUUUGCGGACAAUAUCGAUUGGAGUCAAAUAAUGAAGGGCAAUGACCAGGAGACAAUCGUGUUUAAGAACCAAAACGCUACCAAAUGCCGUAAGUAUCGUUUGAGGAAAUCGAUGUACUUUGUUGAGAAACCGAUUCGUCAACAGCUGUUUUUCCUCCUGCAGGUGCAUCGGGGAUGGACUGUUCUGAGCAGUGUACCAGUGCCGGUUGUUGGGGCAAAGGACCGGAACAGUGUCUGA